UCGACAUCUGGGUUUUAAAAACGUAAACAAAACCCAAAAUUGAAGACGGGUCGUUCCACGUCGAUUUUGACGUAAUUGAAUGUAAAAUUAUUACAUUUUAGGUCUGUUGUGGGGAGUCUGCUUGUAAGCAGUGAAUGUUAAUCAUCUCUGCACAUCUUUUUGGAGCAUCCAGUGGAUCUUUGUGACCGUAAACUGACAAUAUGGGGAAAAGAGGUCGUAAACCAAAGAAAGUUGCAGUGGUCCCUGAAUCUAAUUCUACUGUUUCAUCCAUCAUGACAGUUCCCGGAAAUUCACCAUCGGUCAAAUCACCAAAGUUCAAAAGAGAAGACUCGUUCUAUGCACAGAAUGAUGAGAAAGACGUGAUGCAAUCGCCUGCCGACAAGUCUGGUAAGAUAACCAGCUAUUUUCCCAAAAGCCCCGAGGGAAGACUUCACCAAAAGGAUCUACUACCAGCGAGAGGGGAUCCAAAUAAUGAAGACACUGUGCAGGGUACCAUGGGAGAAGAGUCAGAUGUGGCAUCACUACCGCUCUUGGGCUUAAUCACACCCGACACCACACCAACGAAGGAGUGUAUCCAGCCGCCUGCUAGGUCUACCCAACGACGCCCUCGUCCCUCAUCCCCCCACAACCAACCCACGCCCAGCAACCCAAACCCAGAGGAGAGGGAUCUCCGGCCAAAAGCAGCCCAGAAGCUUGACUAUACUAGUGACCAAGUAGGCAAAGAGGAGGAUGAUAAAGCUGUCGGGUCUGAAGCCACGAACACCACUAGCAGAAGCGCAGACACCAAGGAAGGAGGAAAGACCAGCAGAAAGGGCAAGAGACGAUCAAAAGCAGCCAGGCAAGCCAAGCAAGUCCAAUCCCCGUCCGUAACGCUAAAGGACUACUUCCCCGUAAGAAGAAGCAAUCGCAAAUGCAAAACUGCUAUUGAGGCGGAAGAGAAGAAGAUGUUACAUCAUGCUAUCUUGUCAGGAUUGGAGGAAGGAGUUGAGGUGAAUGACAUCGUUGGAAAGGGUCGAGGGGUCAUCGCUACGAAAGUCUUCAUGAAGGGUGACUUUGUGGUGGAGUAUCACGGUGAUCACAUCGAUACGAAGACGGCCAGGAAAAGAGAGAGUGAAUAUGCAGCAGAUCCAAGCAUUGGAUGCUAUAUGUAUUACUACCAGUACAACAACAAGGCUUACUGUGUUGACGCCACGCACGAAUCAGGACGAAUCGGACGUCUCCUGAACCACAGCAAGUCUGGUAACUGCACCACUAAACUUAUCAGCAUUAACAGCACGCCAUACCUGAUUCUAGUGGCAGCCAAAACCAUCUCAGUCGGUGAGGAGCUCGUCUACGAUUAUGGGGAUCGGGACAAAGAGUCACUACAAUCUCAUCCAUGGCUAGCGCUAUAAAACUUAAAUAGUACUGAGCUUCGUUUCAUAAAGAUGUUGAGUAGAAAAUACUGUUCUGUUUCGAAAGAUUAAUGAAAUGAGCAGCAGUGCCCAAUUUUGUGGGUACUGCUUACCGCUGAACUCUGCCCAGGGUUCAAUUUCAUAGAGCUGCUCAAGCAGAAAACACUGCUUAAAAUUGUUCUGCUAAGCAAAAUAUGACAGAA